CCAUUGCCUCCCGGUCAAUCAUAAUAUGAGAAAUAUAUUUUGCAUGCUAUAUAAAUACUCUUCUUAGGACAACACAUUAAUCAGUGUGAUUGAAAAAAUAGAAUAAUACGUUCAUAAAUCAAUAGAAAAAACAUAAAAUGAAAACAUCCGUGGCAAUUCUUUUGGUAAUUAUUUCUGUAGCCACAGCAUCCCCUACUUUUUGGGGUAAAAAACAUGAACAUCAUAUAAUUCAUGUACCAUAUCACGUUCAUAAGGAACCAGUUUAUAUCAAAGAACCCGUGUAUAUUCAUAAACCAGUGUACAUCAAGUCGUACGAUCAUUACCAUCAUGACGAUCAUCAUGACCACUACCACCAUGACGACCAUCAUGACCACUACCACCAUGAUGACCAUUAUGAUAGCCAUGGCUGGUACUAAUAAUUAAUUUUGUGCAUUUAAUUAACAUUUUUAAAUGUUAAUAUCUGUAUCAAACCCUUCAAGCCCUAUUUUUAAUUAUAAUUCUUACUUUAUUUAAACAAGUUUUUAAUUUUUUACAGUUACUUUUAUUUUAUGUAAAUUCAUUGAUUUGAGAAAUCAUUGUAUUAUCAUAUUAAUUUUUCUCAUAAAAAUAAGCUAAAUUUUGUUUUUAUUGAAACAUUUAUUUCCUCUAAUGAUUAAUUUAUAUUAUGACAAAUAAAUAAGCUUUUAUAAUAAAUUUAAUAGUCAUAAUUGUUCAAGCUUUUUAAUAACUAUUAUAUAAUUUGUGUAUAAGUAAUAAAUUAUUAAUAAAAAAAAAACAUAACAAUUGGGA